UCAAAACAUAAUCAUAGUAUCAAAAGUUUUCAGAAUGCAAUCAACAUAUAAGCCUUAGCUUUUGUAAUAUAAAAACAAAGACUAAUUAACUUUCACCAUAGAGUAAAUCUUUUAUGAUUGACACUGAUUUUAUUGAUGCCAAGAAAAACAACAAUGAACUUUAGGUAGCAGAAGAACUAUUACCUACUAAUUUAGAAGAUGAAGACAAAGAUGUUGAUUUAAAGAAUGUAAAAUUUGAUAAUUAGGAUAAAAUCUAUGAGAGCUAUUUAAAGAACACUGAAGAAAAAGAGGAUAUUGAAGACAUAGACGAAUUAGAAAAAAGAGAUUGACAAAAUAAUAUUGAUAGUUGGUUUCUCAUUUAUUAACAGUAUUAACAAAAACAAUGAUUAGCUUUUUGACCUAAUAUCAGAAUCAUGUUGUUAGAUAUUGCUUUGAUUCACUGAGUAAACCA